GCUGUGUUGCACUGACAACCAUGGCAGUCACGGUGUUGGCAGCAAGAGUGAGGCUCGGUGUGUGGGGCAUGAUGACAAUGCAAGCCUGUGGAUUCAGCUCUGAAAAGUCAGAGAAUGUCCGCUCUGGUGCAAGCACAGUGAGGGAAGUCAGUGGGGCCUUCAGAAAAAAAGAGCAGGCUGAAGAGGAACAAUGCUCCUGAGCAAAGACUAGAGAACAAGUGGCAGCCUUGAAGAAACACAAUGAAGAUGAGCUCAUUCAUCAUAAAACAGAGAUUGAGCUCUGUAGAAAGAAAUUGAAUGGCACAGAGACAAUCAAGAGACCAAAAGAUCAUGCUGAUGAUUAAGUGCCCACAGUUCCCCAUAGAAUGGCUACUUAUUGCUCACUUCUAUGAAGACAUAAUUCUGGUAAUUAAGAGCUAUC